GUGGUAUAUAUAGUAUGCAUAGGAGUAAAAAGAGAUGCUCUGGCACUCGUAGAGGUCUGCGGGUCUGGUUUAACCUAGAAGUCCGUGGUCAACCUGCGUUAGACAUCUGCCGAAGUAGCCGGCUUUAUUGAAUUCACCCAAACAAGAGGUUGGGCUCCGGUUCAAUAGACCAAAUUCCAUAAGGGACAAGAAAAAGGAUAGAGAUUCGAUUAUAAAUAUAUUUUAUUUUACGUAUACGAUACACAUGCCAGUGCUGUAAGUUGUCAUGGCUGACAGGGCAAAAUUUUAUAAAAAAAGAAAACCGGGAAAUAAAGAAAAACGAACUCGAAAGGUAAAGGAAGCUGUCGAAAACUCUACUGAGACACGCCGAGAGGAGACAAAUCAUGAUCCGGACCGUAGUCUGGACAUUGGCCGGAGUGCUGAUAUUCCAUAUUACGGAUGGAGAUUGUUUUUCCCUGAUAAAGAAUAUAAAGCCAACUGUGCUAUCGUAAAGCACAUUAAAGCUAUAGAAGCCUUCAUAGACAGGCAUGAAGCGUUAUCUUCAUUCACAAUGGCAAAUUUUGAAGCAGAACUGCCUUUUGCCAUUGAUAUACGCAAAUUGUACAAUAAUGAUGAAUUUAUGGAGCAAUGGCCAAAUUUUAAGGAUGAGAUGUAUGAGGAUCCGAUAAACGCGUUAAAUUGUAUAAAACUUGGUAUUCAGCAGAAACUUUUAGAAACAGUACCGGACAAAAACUUGCAGUACAUUUUGAAAUCUAUUAGCACUUUACCAAACAUUAAAUUAAGUAUAUUAAAUUAUGAACCACUCAUAUGUUUGCGAGAUCUUAAAAUAAACUGUUAUGGAAAAUUAAUCUCUACCAGAGGCUGUGUGAUAAGAGUUGGUAGAGUAAAAUAUCUUGCGCAGUGGGUGGUAUUUGCCUGUUCCAAAUGUCGUCUGCAAAAAUUGGUGAAACAGCAACAAGAAAUGUAUACGCUGCCAAAAAAGUGUGAUGUCUGUGGCGUAUCGAGAUUUUAUCCAGUUUUAGAUUCGAUUUAUACAAAAACUGUUUUAUGCCAAAUAAUCAGAAUACAAGAGCCAUUGAACGAUGAGGAGAAUAAAGGUAGAGUACCCAAAGUACUGGAUGUGGAACUUCUGGAUCAUUUAGUUAAUAUCUGUAUGCCUGGCGAUGAUAUAACACUUAUAGGCAUCAUCCAGGUUCAAGGAGCCGAUGAUGGUACAAGUAAAAUACAAGUUGGGACUCCAUUUUCGUUAUAUAUGAAAGCAAUAACGGUUAUCAAUAACAAACAUAGGUAUCAAAAUAAAAGUUCUAUGAGCACUGAAAUUUCUCUAAAAAAUUAUUUGGCUAUACAGGAUGUACGUAACAAACAAAAUCUUUUUGCAUUGUUAGUGCAUUCAUUAUGUCCUAAUAUAUAUGGACAUGAGAUAGUCAAAGCUGGAUUAAUAUUAAGUUUAUUUGGAGGUAACGUAAAACGUGCACAAUUACGAGACGAUAUACAUAUUCUGUUAGUCGGAGAUCCUGGUCUUGGAAAGUCGCAGAUGUUACAAGCAUGUGCUCGAGUAUGUGCAAAAGGUGUAUAUAUUUGUGGCAAUUCAAGUACAUCCUCGGGAUUGACGGUAACGCUUACGAAAGAAACUGGUUCGAAUGAUUUUGCUUUAGAACCCGGUGCUUUAGUUCUAGCAGAUCAAGGUUGCUGCUGCAUUGAUGAAUUCGACAAAAUGUGCUCUCAGCAUCAGGCAUUGUUAGAAUCGAUGGAGCAGCAAAGUAUCACUGUUGCAAAGUCAGGUGUAAUAUGUUCCCUUCCAGCACGGAUAUCAAUUCUCGCAGCGGCCAAUCCUAUCGGAGGGCAAUAUGACAAGAGCAAAACGAUAACUGAAAAUCUGCGUAUUAGUCAACCUAUUCUCUCGCGUUUUGACUUGAUUUUUUUAUUAUUAGAUAAACCAAAUGAGCAUUUUGAUAAUCUGUUGUGCAAGCAUAUCAUGACUGUUCAUAGCGGUUCACAUGCAAAUUCCAAUGAAGAAAUGAUAAUGUCACCAUCGCCCAAUGAAUGUACUUUGAGGGAAAAACUGACGUUACCAUUAGCCACUGAGAUUAUACCACAGCUUACUCUUCGAGCCUAUAUUUCCUAUGCUCGAGAAUAUGUGAAGCCAAAAUUAUCCGUUGAGGCUGCAACAGUAUUGCAGAAUUAUUAUUUAGAACUUCGAUCAAAAAAUAAGGAAUUUGGUAGUCUGCCAAUAUUCAACAGACAAUUAGAAGCCAUGAUUCGAUUAACUGAGGCCAGGGCGAAAGUGGACUUGCGUGUGGAAGCAACUAAAUCAGAUGCGUUGGAAGUAAUAGAGAUAUUGCAAAGUACAAUGACGAAUACAGUAGAAGAUUGUUAUGCAAUGCCGACAUUACAUUCUGAUGGCAAGUUGACAAAUAAAAAGAUAAAAAUAUUUAUAAAAAUACUGGAAAAGAAGGUGAAUGCAGAUAAGGGACAAAUAUUUUCAGUGAAAGAUUUGGAAGCGCUUGCAGCAUCUGGAAAUAUUUUAAUAAAUGAUUUCACUAUGUUAAUUUCAAAAUUAAAUGAGGAAGGUAUUUUAUUAAAAAUUAGGAAAAAUACGUAUAAAUUUAUUUACACUUCAUAA